UUUGUGUGCGUUUGGCACUGUAGGAUCUUAGUGCCUUCAAAAAGGGGGCGUUGUUAAGUCCCAACAGCAGAGGCACGCGGGUUCUUCCUUCGUGGUGAGACCGCGGACCAUUAUUUGAUGUGUCAGGGCCCUUAUUUCCCGCAUAAUUAAACUUGUUCUCUUGGGGUUGUUAUCUGGGACUUGAAGGGCAACGCUUGACAUUCAGCAUCGAAUGCUCUGUCCGUUGCUUUCGAGUUAUUAAAUUCGUUCCAGAAAUAGUGGGCACUAAACACAAUGCUAGAUGUUAUACUUAGAAAAACGGAGCCGAAGCAGCCAGGUCAAUAAGUCCGAGAAGCCAGAAAGCUGCGACAACGUGAAGGUGGUUGUUCGGUGUCGGCCCCUCAAUGAAAGGGAGAAGUCUAUGUGCUACAGGCAGGCCGUCAGCGUGGAUGAGAUGCGGGGAACCAUCACCGUGCACAAGACCGAUUCUUCCAACGAGCCUCCCAAGACCUUUACUUUCGAUACCGUCUUUGGACCAGAAAGCAAACAGCUUGAUGUUUAUAACUUAACUGCAAGACCUAUUAUCGAUUCUGUCCUUGAAGGCUACAAUGGUACGAUUUUUGCAUACGGUCAAACUGGAACAGGUAAAACUUUCACCAUGGAAGGUGUUCGUGCUGUUCCUGAGCUCAGAGGAAUCAUUCCCAAUUCAUUUGCGCACAUAUUCGGUCAUAUUGCAAAGGCAGAGGGUGACACAAGAUUUUUGGUUAGAGUUUCAUAUUUGGAAAUAUAUAAUGAAGAAGUUCGUGACCUUUUGGGCAAAGAUCAGACACAGAGGUUAGAGGUUAAAGAAAGACCUGAUGUGGGAGUUUACAUCAAAGAUUUGUCAGCUUAUGUUGUGAACAAUGCUGAUGAUAUGGAUAGGAUUAUGACUCUAGGCCACAAAAAUCGUUCUGUUGGCGCAACUAAUAUGAACGAACAUAGUUCCCGUUCCCAUGCCAUCUUUACGAUUACCAUAGAAUGCAGUGAGAAAGGUGUUGACGGCAACAUGCAUGUCAGGAUGGGGAAGCUCCAUCUGGUGGAUCUCGCUGGUUCAGAAAGACAAGCAAAAACUGGAGCUACUGGGCAGCGCCUCAAGGAAGCUACAAAAAUCAAUCUUUCUCUUUCUACUCUUGGAAAUGUAAUUUCUGCUUUGGUCGAUGGAAAAAGCACACAUGUGCCUUAUCGCAAUUCUAAACUGACUCGGCUUCUUCAGGACUCGUUAGGAGGGAAUUCAAAAACAAUGAUGUGUGCAAAUAUUGGGCCAGCAGAUUAUAAUUAUGAUGAAACUAUUAGUACCUUACGUUAUGCCAACCGUGCUAAGAAUAUCAAAAAUAAAGCUAGAAUUAAUGAAGAUCCAAAGGAUGCUUUGCUUCGUCAGUUUCAGAAAGAAAUAGAAGAAUUGAAGAAAAAGCUUGAAGAAGGGGAAGAAAUAUCAGGCUCCGAUGUCAGUGGGUCAGGAGAGGAUGAUGAUGAUGAAGGUGAGAUUGGAGAAGAUGGAGAGAAAAGGAAAAAAAGGAGGGGUAAAAAGAAAGUUUCCCCAGAUAAGAUGGUUGAAAUGCAAGCAAAAAUCGAUGAGGAGAGAAAAGCACUUGAGACAAAGCUUGAUAUGGAAGAAGAAGAAAGAAACAAGGCUAGAGCUGAAUUAGAGAAACGGGAGAAAGAUCUUCUUAAAGCCCAACAAGAGCAUCAAUCUUUGCUGGAAAAAUUGUCUGCACUGGAAAAAAAGGUCAUUGUUGGUGGUGUUGAUUUGUUGGCUAAAGCUGAGGAGCAAGAAAAACUUCUUGAAGAAUCUAACAUGGAAUUGGAAGAAAGAAGGAAAAGAGCAGAGCAGCUUCGCAAAGAACUUGAGGAAAAAGAACAAGAACGCUUGGAUAUUGAAGAAAAAUACACCAGUUUGCAAGAAGAAGCACAGGGAAAGACCAAGAAGUUAAAGAAAGUGUGGACAAUGCUGAUGGCUGCAAAGUCAGAGAUGGCUGAUCUCCAACAAGAACAUCAGAGGGAAAUUGAAGGCCUGUUGGAGAAUAUUCGACAACUUAGCCGAGAGCUUCGACUUCAGAUGCUUAUUAUUGAUAAUUUUAUACCUCAGGAUUAUCAGGAAAUGAUUGAAAAUUAUGUCCAUUGGAAUGAAGACAUUGGAGAAUGGCAGCUGAAAUGUGUCGCCUACACAGGAAAUAACAUGAGGAAGCAAACUCCAGUACCUGAUAAAAAGGAGAAAGAUCCCUUUGAAGUGGACCUUUCCCAUGUGUAUCUUGCCUAUACCGAGGAGAGCCUGCGUCAGUCCUUGAUGAAAUUAGAAAGGCCACGGACAUCAAAGGGCAAAGCAAGGCCGAAGACGGGGAGGAGAUUCUUGUAAAUAUGAGAUUAGUCAAGAGGAGAAGGAUUUGUAUUGGCAUGUUUACGUCGGAAGUAGAAUCCGCUUGACAAGUUGUCUUAUUCAUGUUCUGGAAAAGGAGGAUUUCAUUUUGCAGCAGAAAAUUUCUGAGUGUGCUGGGAGAGAGAGGGGUGCUACUUUAUCUGCAGUAUGCUUUAAAAAUUACAGUUAUGGUGUAGGUUUUUUUGUUCAUUUGUUAUCUUUUUUAGUUUG